AUGCGUUUAGACAAUUCCAGAACUACUCAAUCAGACCUGGACGCUGCGGCCGCGUCGUUAGCCGCCAUGUCGUUCGUCGAGCUCCACGAGUCCGAUUACUCAGACAUCGAUGCGCGGCGCGAUCCUACUGCCGACCUCUCCUCUGAUUCCCAGCCUGAUUCCGAGUCUGAGGACGACAUAAUCACGUCCGAGCAGUUCGAGUCCGCCUUGGACUCCGACUCAGACUCAGAUUUGGCCUCCCAGCCCGACUCGGACUCUGGCUCCAGCUCGGCCUCUGAUGAUAUCCCGAUGGCGUAUAACCCCGAGGCGCUUCACGAAUCAUUCAAGUCUCUCACGCUCAUCAACCAGAUCCGGCACUCCAGGAAGUUCAAGAUGAAGCUCGACCGGAGCCAAGCCGCCAUUCUCUACGCGUUUGCCCUGUUUUUCUGCCUCAACGGGCCGGUAGGAUUCAACACCGAGGUGUAUUUGAGAUUCUCCGUCGACCUCCCCGACUCGACUAUAAACGUCAGGGGAAUGUACAGCAUCCGGCAGGUCUUUGGCCGGAAACUGACCCAUCUGAUGUUUUCCGAGUACGUCGUCGCCGUCAAGCGCGCGCUGCCGCAGAAUAUCUCGUGA